AUGGGUGGUGCCUCCGCUUCCUUCUUCUACCUCUUGCUGUCCCUCCUCUGGGUUCAGGAUGCGGCCGCGACUGGUCUUGGCUCCACAAGAAGUGAUUUCCCACAGGAGUUCGUCUUUGGAGCUGGAACCUCGGCAUACCAGUAUGAGGGCGCUGUUGUUGAGGAUGGCAGGAGCCCGAGCAGUUGGGACACUUUCACCCACGCAGGCAAAAUGCCAGACAAAAGCACGGGUGAUGUUGCUGCAGAUGGGUACCACAAAUACAUGGAGGAUGUCAAGCGCAUGUAUGAGACAGGCCUAGAGGCCUAUAGGUUUUCCAUCUCCUGGUCAAGGCUCAUUCCAAAUGGACGCGGAGCUGUCAAUCCCAAAGGGCUACAAUACUACAAUAACCUCAUUGAUGAGCUAGUGAAUCAUGGAAUUCAAGUCCACAUCACACUUCACCAUCUAGAUCUCCCCCAGAUUCUUGAAGACGAGUAUGGUGGAUGGUUAAGUCCCAGAAUCAUCGAAGAUUUCACAGCAUAUGCAGAUGUUUGCUUCGGGGAGUUUGGAGAUAGAGUUGCAUCUUGGACGACGGUGAAUGAGCCAAACAUUGGCAUAUUGGCCUCUUAUGAUGUUGGUACAUUCCCUCCUGGCCGUUGCUCAGAUCCAUUUGGAGCGACAAAGUGCACCGCCGGGGACUCUACUGUGGAACCAUACAUAGCAGCUCAUAAUACCCUUAUGGCUCAUGCAUCGGCUGUCAGUCUGUACAGAAAGAAAUAUCAAGCCAUGCAAAAAGGAGUUGUUGGCAUAAGUAUCUACUCUUUCUGGAGUUAUCCAUUGACAAAUUCCACUGUGGAUUUAGCUGCAACCCGGAGAUGUAAAGAUUUCUUCUUCGGCUGGAUACUAGAUCCAUUGGUGUUUGGGGACUACCCAGAAGUAAUGAAGAAGAUUGUUGGCUCUCGCCUUCCACCCUUCACGGAAGUUCAGUCUGAACUUAUCAAGGGUUCUUUAGAUUUUAUUGGAAUAAAUCACUACUACUCUCUCUACGUGAAUGAUCGCCCUCUAGAAAUAGGCGUUCGAGACUACAGCGCAGACAUGUCAGUUAUUUUCAGGGGUUCUAGGACAGACCCACCAUCUGUGCAAGGCCCCCCAACAAGUGUUCCAAGUGAUCCCAAAGGGCUGCAACUUCAACUGGAGUACCUGAAAGAAAACUACGGGAGCCUUCCGGUCUAUGUCCAAGAGAAUGGCAAGCAGAAUUCCCAACCAGAAUCAUGUGGUUUUGUUUCAGGUGUGGGAUCUGCCGAUGACAGCCUAGACGACACCGAUAGGGUCGGUUUCCUGGGCAGCUACAUGGAAAGCACAUUAAACGCGAUGAGGAACGGAGCCGACGUGAGAGGCUACUUUGCCUGGGCAUUCAUGGACCUGUUCGAGCUCCUGGCCGGGUACCAGUCGAGGUACGGGCUGCACCGCGUCGACUUCGCCGACGAGAGGCGGCCGCGGCAGGCCAGGCUCUCGGCUCGCUGGUAUUCCAGCUUCCUCAAGCGCAACGGAACCACUGCACUCGUUUCUAGGACGGCGGAGAAGCAGGAGCUGAGGGCCGUGUCCUGA